AUGAGGGGCCGCAGGGGCGACCGCAUGACCAUCAACAUCCAGGAGCACAUGGCCAUCAACGUGUGCCCUGGGCCCAUCCGGCCCAUCCGGCAGAUCUCUGACUACUUCCCCCGCCGGGGACCAGGACCUGAAGGCGGGGGCAGGGAUUUCAGGGAGGCCCCUGCCCGCCUGGCACCCCUGGCCCUGGCCCCGCCUGCAGCCCUCCUUGGGGCCACCACGCCCGAGGACGGAGCGGAGGUGGACAGCUAUGACUCGGAUGAUACCACCGCCCUGGGCAUGCUGGAGUUUGACCUUCUCUACGACCAGGCCUCCUGCACUCUGCACUGCAGUAUCCUCAGGGCCAAGGGCCUCAAGCCCAUGGAUUUCAAUGGCCUGGCCGACCCCUAUGUCAAGCUACACCUGCUGCCUGGGGCCUGCAAGGCCAAUAAGCUAAAAACUAAGACUCAGAAGAACACGCUGAAUCCCGUGUGGAAUGAGGAUCUGACGUACAGUGGGAUCACGGAUGAGGACAUCACCCACAAGGUGCUCAGGAUCUCCGUCUGUGACGAGGACAAGCUGAGCCACAAUGAAUUCAUUGGGGAGAUCCGAGUACCCCUCCGCCGCCUCAAGCCUUCACAGAAGAAACAUUUUAACAUCUGCCUUGAGCGCCAGGUCCCGCUGGCUUCACCCUCCUCCAUGUCAGUGGCACUGAGGGGCAUCUCCUGUUACCUGAAGGAGCUGGAGCAGGCCGAGCAGGGGCCCGGGCUGCUGGAAGAGCGCGGGCGCAUCCUGCUGAGUCUCAGCUACAGCUCUCGGCGCCGGGGGCUGCUGGUGGGCAUCGUGCGCUGCGCCCACCUGGCUGCCAUGGACGUCAACGGCUACUCCGACCCCUACGUCAAGACGUACCUGAGGCCUGACGUGGAUAAGAAAUCCAAGCAUAAAACGUGUGUGAAGAAGAAGACUCUCAAUCCGGAAUUUAAUGAGGACUUCUUCUACGAGAUGGAGCUCUCUGCUCUGGCCACCAAGACUCUGGAAGUCACAGUGUGGGACUACGACAUCGGCAAAUCCAACGACUUCAUCGGUGGCGUGUCCCUGGGGCCCGGGGCCCGGGACGAGGCCCGGAAGCACUGGAGUGACUGCCUGCAGCAGCCGGACACAGCCCUGGAGCGCUGGCACACCCUGACCAGCGAGCUGCCCCCCGCUGCCGGGGCCCUGCCCUCAGCCUGA